AUGAGUAUGGACACUGGCGGUCUUGCUCAGAUGACUUACAACCCGUCUUUCAAUAACGGAAGCUCGCUUGGGGCCCCGAGUUCCGGUUUCGGGUCUCGGAGAAAGGGCCCUAAUGUGAAGCGUUUGAGUGUGCCACCUCCACACAUUUCCACCAUCGAUGAAUCGCAGCCAUCGGCCCCCAUUCCCACUCCGCGCACCAGCCGUUCGCAUCUUCUGGCAGGCUUAAGGACGGCUCCAAAAUCCGCUACCGUCCCCUCGGCUUCCGCCCGCCAACAGCAUCUGGGCGUGGAGGGUGAUCGAUAUGGGAAUCUUUCAAACCGCACCGCUGAUCGUGUUCCACAAACUGCCAUGGGAACUGGCUUCCCUCGACACUCAAUGGCCCUUAAUCAGGGCCUGGACAUGAACACCGGUCGCCCCGUGUACACUCUGCCGGAGCAGGUGCUCGCACCUCCGGCUAUUGACAUCGCCGGCGAUAUGCCAAUCGACGAGAGUCUGUACGCGGAAUUGAUGUCCACAAAUCUUUUCUUGGCGGCCCAACAACAGCGCCUACAGCAACAACUGAUUAGCGUCACCGCAGCGGCCCAGCAGUUCCAGGGUCUCAGCCUGGGAAUGCCAAUGAACCAGCAGCAGGAAUAUCCUUCUCUCGCCGUUCCGGGGAUGGGCUUCUAUCAGCAACAGCUCCAGCAAGGCGUACAGCCAGUUGUGCAGCCUGUGCCGGGUCAACCAGGGCUGUUCUCCGUCUACAACCCCCUCACUGGUCAACAGAAUUACAUUUACGACAACUCCUGCCAGCAAGAAAGUUCUUCGCCUUACCAGGAAGAGGAGACGCAAUCUCCUGCCAUGCAGGUGCCAGCGUUCCGAGCUGAAGUUUCUCCUCCCCCGGAGACGAAACAAUUAUCGCAGCCGGCCUCUCCUCCAAGUGCCAGCCCUUCACCUCCACAGGAAACUGCUCCUUUGCCUCCUCCCUCCAUCAAUGCAUUCCGCAGAGGUCACAAGAAAAGCUCGUCGUUUAACCCUGCUAGAUUCUCCAUUGACACGGCCAAGGCAAACUCAAACAUAACCCCUGCCGCUCCCAAAACCGCUGCCAUUUCUCAGACACCGGCAACUGGAACUUUUGGGCCUGGCCAGAAUCGCGCCGGAGAGCACCCAAUCCGGCAACCCAGGGGUCCGCCCUCGUUGGAGGAACUUGUCGCUAAGCCUACAUCAAACCAUGAAGGAAGCAAGAACUUCGCCACCCGUCAGCGCCGUCGUGCCGUCCACAACCUUGUGCGUGCAGGCCUCGAACGACGCGGGGAUAGCCGCAGCUUCGGAUGCCAUAGUACCGGUGGCACCAACACGCCGGCGAGUGAGAAGGAAUUCACAUUCUCCGACGGUGAUGAUGCUACCGUUCGCAGUGGCAGUCUUUCGAGCAAACCCAGCUUGGGAAGCCUUCGUGCCGCGGCCAAUGGCGCCAUUGGAUCCGAGAGGAAGGAGAGGUCUUCUCGGGAACGGCGGUCGCAAGAUAGUCCGUACACGACCACUCCGAUCAGCGAGGAUGGUGGCUUCUUCGGCGGAAAAUUGGCAGAUGUUCGCACGGAUCCGGUUUCUUCGCCUGCGGGAACACCUUCGGUGGCUGCUGUCGUCGCUGGCCAGAAGACAGCAGUGCAGGGUCCAGAAAGGCGCAAGACCCCGAUGCUUGUGCUAUCUAGCGCCGAAAAGCGCAAGACCCCGAUCAUGUAA